AUGAGACUGUCAACCCUCACCGCCGGGCUCCUGCCCAUCUCGGGUGUCGCUGCCUGGGGCAGUCUCGGGCACAUGACGACGGCCUUCGUCGCCAGCCAGUUCGUCGACAACGCGACAGAAGCCUUCUUCCAAGAUCUCCUCGGCAACGACCAGCCCGACUACCUGGCCGGCGUGGCCAGCUGGGCCGACUCGAUCCGGUACACGCGCUGGGGGCGGUUCACCAAGAACUUCCACUUCAUCGACGCGCACGACUCGCCGCCCGACAGGUGCGACGUCGACUUCCAGCGCGACUGCAAGGACGAGUCCGGGUGCGUGGUGAGCGCGCUGGCCAACUACACGUCCCAGUCGGUCGACACGGCGCUCCCUGCGUGGCUCCGGGCCCAGGCGGCCAAGUUCGUCAUCCACUUCGUCGGGGACCUCCACCAGCCGCUCCACAACGAGGACGUCGCCCUGGGCGGGAACCGCAUCUACGUCCGGUGGGACGGGCGCAGGUACAACCUGCACCACGUCUGGGACACGUCCAUCGCCGAGAAGUGGAUCGGGGGCCUCCACGGCAAGCCUCUGCCGCUCGCGAGGCGCUGGGCCGAAGAGCUGUCGCGCGAGAUCCGCGACGGCAAGUUCUCGGACGACAGCAGGGAUCUGUGGCUCAAGGAUCUCGACUUUGGAGAUGCCGUCAGUACCGCCAUGGCCUGGUCAAGGGAGUGUAAUGCCUAUGUUUGCAGUCACGUCUUCCCAGAGGGACCGGCCGUUAUUGCAGGCCAGGAGCUUGGUGGUGACUACUAUGAAGCUGCCGGCCCGGUGAUCGAAAAGCAGAUAGCUCGUGCCGGCUUCCGGAUGGCUGCAUGGCUCGACGCAAUCGCUGCCGAAUACGCGCGCAGAUCAGAGUCGAAUCGGUUUAUCGGCACUGAUGAGAUGGAGCUGUGA